GUUGUGUCGCUUGUUGGUCGACCCUCAACACAAGUCUAGCAAUAUGUCAGCUCGCGGUGCUAAAAAGAAGAAGGCGACAUCGAAGUCUGCCAAAGCCGGGGUUUUGUUCCCUGUGGCGAGAAUGCGAAGAUACCUGAAAAACAUGACCCACCACUAUCGAAUAGGGUCCGGGGCACCUGUGUACAUGGCGGCCGUGAUAGAAUAUCUUACCGCUGAGAUCUUGGAGCUUGCUGGUAACGCUGCACGAGACAAUAAAAAGAGUCGAGUCACACCUAGGCACAUUUUACUAGCGGUAGCUAAUGACGAGGAACUCAAUCAGCUAUUAAAACAUGUGACCAUUGCCAAUGGCGGUGUGCUUCCUCGAAUACUCCCAGAACUUCUCUUUAGAAAGAAAGGAUCUAAAUUCCAGAUGCAAUCCGAACCUCCUAAACUUUCUGUACAACCCAAUUCUAACAAAGCUGCCAGUUCAUCAAAACAGAGUGAUGGUCCAAGUUCACAGAAAAAGGCAAAGGUCAAGGUCACUCCAAAAGUUGUAAGAGCACCUCUGAAACCAACACCAAAAGCAGGAAAGACAGGAAAAAUAGCUAAAGUCAAGCCAUUGAAGGGUAUCACCGGAUCAGCUGAAGCUGUUGCUGCUACAGCUGCUGGAAGCUUCACGAUUCUGUCGGAGAAGAAGUUGUUCCUUGGUCAGAAGAUGACAGUAAUACAAGGCGACCUCGUUAAGAUCAUGUCUGAUGCCAUUGUUCAUCCUACCAGUUCUGCCUUCUACAUGGGGGGUGAAGUAGGUUCUGCUAUUGAGAAAGCUGGCGGUAAAGAGUUCCGCAAAGAAGUGGAUGAGCUUUACAAAUCAAAUGGUGCUUUAGACACGGCAGGAGCUGCCAUAUGCCCGGGACAUAAUUUCCCAGCCAGGUUUGUAAUCCACUGCCAUGGGCCUCAGUGGAGUUCCAGUAAUCCACAACAGUUGUUAGAGAAAACCGUCAAGAAUUGUCUGACUUUGGCAGACGAAAAGAACCUGAAAAGUAUUGCAUUCCCUUCUAUUGGAAGUGGACGUGCGGGAUUCCCCAAACAAACGGCAGCACAGAUUAUCCUGAAAGCCAUCAGUAAUUACUUUGUCACUGUCAUGAGCAGCUCGCUGAAGCAAGUAUACUUCGUACUUUACGACAUGGAGAGCAUCGGUGUUUACACGAGUGAACUGGCUAAGUUAGACUCCUAGACGGAUCAGUCAUUCAAAAGGACUUUUAUUUGUUAUACUCAAACUUUUCUGUAGCCAUUUAAACUUUGUGUCGUAAAUUUAGUUAGAAUUAUGGCUAAAGAUAUCGGCGACAGUUUUUUUUUAAUUUUAAUUAUUUAUUUUUUUUUAUGAAAAUUAAUGUUAGAUAUGACAGUAAUUUAACAUGGUACUAAUGCAUAUCUCAUUUUGUCACGAGUUAAGUUGUGACAUUUCGAAAACAAGCAAUAUAGAGACACAUAGACGGCAUAGUCAUAGCAAUGCCUUGUUGAUAAGGUUAGUUUCAGAUUUAAACAUUUAAUAAACAAUAAUCACAAAAAAAUUUUCAUGAAAUAUUCAUUUAAUAAUGUUGUAAUUAAGUUAAUUUGAGAAUAAUUUAAAUCAACUUGAUGAUGACUGUGCUAACAAUUGGGACAUAAAUGUGUAAAAUGUUUUCCUGUGAGUUUUACACGUUAGUACAUCGUUCUCGUCUGUCAGUUGUUUCAUUUCUGACAGACGAGAUGUAAUAUCUGGUAAGUGCCAGCUGUGGUACUUCAAUGAUUUAUCAUACUGCAUCAAAAAAUAAUGAAAUAAGUUCAGGAAUAAUUUAAAAUCAGAAAUAAAAAUCAUGAAAUUGAAUUAUAAAAUUAAUCAAAGUAAUAUUUUAAGGUAUCAAAAAUCUGUAUAGAGCAUUCGGUAGUUAAUAAGUCUCCUUGGGACCAGAGAGUUCAUAAUAUGUGUAUAGAUAACAAAAAUGUGUCUCUAAUGAUUUAAAACUACACCCAUCUGAAUACCAUCUAUAUGAUCCUUUAGUGUUUUUUGUUGUGUUUUUAAUUAAUUCCUUGGCAAUCAUAUUAUUUAAUAUAUCAUCUAUGAGUGUGAAAGCCAGCUUUUUGCUGUAGUAUUUAAAAAUAUACUUGCAAUGGUGGAAGAUUUGUUUUGGAUAGUGGGUUUUACUUAUUUUUUAGUAUUUGGAAAAGUUAACCCGGUACAAGUUUCAAGGGAGUUUUGUAAUUGUUUUAUUUGAAAAUGCUUUUUUAACCUAGCUUUUUCCUUUAAAAUUUUUUUUUUAUUCAUUUUCAAAUUAUUGCUGCUAAAUUGCAUUGCUCCCAUCAUUUUUCCAUGUCAUUGUCAACAUUUAUCCAAGAGUUUUUGAUGAUUAUGUUUCUUAUAUUAAUCCAUUCAUUGAUUCCCUUGGUGACCUUUUUAUGUUGACAUCAGUAUUGACCUUUCUAAUACAUGCAAAUACUGGGACAUCCAGGAUAUAAUAGGGGUGACUUAUUUAAAAAGUUACUGAGUAUUUUAUAUGAAAAUGGAGUUAGAAUAUGUACAUGUACUUAAAAUAUUAUGAACAACUAUCAAAUAGUUAUUUAUUUAUUUAAACAUCAAUGUACUUGUUGAUUCUAAUUUAUGAUAAUAUUUAAACAAAUUUAUUCAUAAGUUAUGUACUAGAAAAUAUAAAAAAAUAUAUAUAAUUUUAGUUGCAUAUUUAUGUAAAAUUUCAGACUUGAUACGCUAAAAAGUUUUUUUGAAGAAAUAAAAAAAAAAUCAUAUUAGUUCUGUAAUAGCAAUAUGCAAUAAGCCCAUGGCCUGGUGAUAAGCCCGUCCCCUCCCCCUUUUCUGUGAAAAUAUGCUUCAAAGUAAACUAUUUGUUAUUUAGAAAUAAAUGUGAACAUUAUGGGCCAUAUGAAGCAAGUCACUUGGGGGAGGCAGGUAAUAAAUUAAGUUGUUUAUUUGAUAAACUGACCCCCAGACCUGGAGGAAAUAUAACCCUUGUUUCAUAUUAAGCCUCUGUUGUUGAUGUUACUGUUGUACUUUUAUCCUAUAUCCGUUGGUAGAUUUCCUGUGCUUUCAUUGUGUGGUUAUAUAUAUAUUUAAUCAGUGAUCCGUUGAGCCUUGUUGCUAGGCAACAUUGUUUAAGCUUUUUAUUAACUGUGAUUCAUAGCUAUAAAUAGAAUAUAUAUCUUUCUAUUCGUAUAGUUUGAGUAAUAUAUUAACACUGUUACAUAUGAUGAUAUAAAAGAGAGUUAAUAGUAUUUCCAAUUUUAUUGUAGAUUAGUGUUGAAAGUUUUUCCUAACUUUUAGGUUUUUUGUUAGUACUUGUGAUAGAAUAAGAUAAGAGUCAUGUGAUUUUUGCCCGGUAUAUCUGAUAGUGUUAAUUUAUUCACAAUAACAGUCAAGUUCCCAUAAUGCAUGUACAGUAAAUACCUAUUCUGUCGCUUACAAAAUUUUAAUCUGAAGUUUGUUACAUAAUUUUUAUGUAUAUUAUAGAGCUUUCAAACUCUUAUGUAAGAGAUGAAAAAAAUAACUCGAAGUAAAAAUUCAUUUCUGACUUUAAGAAUUCUAUACAGAAUAUAACUUGGUUGCUUGAAUUCUCUGGAAAUCUCUGAGUUUCUCUUGACCUCAUUGCAUGAACUCGAGGUAAUGAGGUUCGACUACCGGUACUUAUUUGAGAUGAAGCUUAUUUCAGCUGUACAACAUCCUACUUUUUGACCUUAUGCAUGCAUUAUAAUCCAUCUUAAACUGUGUAUUGGCUUUCAUAUGAUUCAGAUCAAGUGUCCAUUGAAGCUUAAGAUAUAUUCCCCAAUAUAAUGAUAAAACAUGUUUUUUUAUUCUGGUACAUCAUUGGAGUCCUACAAUUACACCAUUGUUACAUGUUUUACAUACGAGAUUUUGAACAUCAUUGAGUCCUUAACAUGCAAUUUUCAUAAUAUAUACAACAUCGCUUUUACAUGUACGUUUAGGUGAUCCAUCGCGUUUAAAAUCCAUCGUCCAUAGCACCGGGUAAUUGUUUGUUUUAAAGGUGUAUCAUUUCAACAUUACAAUAUAUACCUCUAACAUGGAUGUAUGUAGAGGUAAAUUUGAACAAAUGCAUUUUCCCAUACCAUAUGUGCUUUUAUUAAACUUCAUAAGACAUGUAUCAGGAAGAGAAUAUAAGAUGGUGGUGACUGAAAUAUCAUGAGUAUCAUAUUUAUAGCUACUGUACUGGUUGCACCUCAUUUGAAAGAUUGGUCUAGUAUGAUCUCGACCAUUCCUGUCCUUAAUUAAUAUAAACUUUUUAGAAGUGCUUCGUUUGUUUUAAUUAAGAUGUGUUGGACAGUGAUAUACACAGCGUUACUGUGUUAAUACUGUUUAGUAGGUAUAUUUUUAUUAGAUUGAAGUUUAAUUGUUUAGAAUCCUCACACAUCUAGCAUGUUGAAGUGGAUAGAUAUACUGUAUCCAGAUAUUCUCUAUUCGAGUGAUAGUUUCACUGUCUGUCGAUUCAACCAUCUUUGAAAUACCAACUUUGCACUUUCUAUCUGAUUAUUACAUUAAAACUUCACAAAUUUGUUUUUUACUCAAGCAUUUCUUUCGAAAAUUUUAAUCAUGCAAUUCUUUUUUUUUGAUUUUUUUUGGUGAUAUGCAGUGAAAUAAAUUAAAUUAAGAUGUGUUUGAACAUUUGAACAAAUUUAAGUGAUAUUCCAGUAAGCUAGGCAUUUUCAAUCAUUUUAUGAAUGGUUCCGAUAUAUAGUUCUACAUGGUGUAGUUGGGCGUGUGUGUUAUCGUGUGAUCUAUCUAUAGGUAUGUGUGGUUAUACGUUAUAAACACAUUCUGUUGGUGUGGUGGAAACUUAGUCCAACAAUAAAUAUUGUACUUUU